AUGAGAAUCGACCGAGGGCUUGAUUUUUAUGCCACUGGAAUCUAUCGGAGUUCUGUUGUUGAUUUCCAUGGGAAGCAGGACUGGGAAGCUGCAAUUAGAGUUGGUGUGCUGGAUUGUGGGGAAGAAGAGAACUAUGAGACGUGCAAAGAAUAUGGUAUUCACUAUUACCCAACUUUUAGGUACUUCAAAGCAUUUACAAAGCAGUUUACUACUGGAGAAAAUUACAAAGGAGCAGAUCGAGAGCUGCAAACAGUUCGUCAGAUGAUGAUUGACUUCUUACAGAACCAUUCCCAAGAGUUGAGACCGCCUGCUUGCCCACCAUUGGAUCCGGUUUCGUCCAGUGAUAUUCCUUCUCUUUUUGACAAGAACAGCCAUCAUUAUACUGCCAUUGUGUUUGAAAGUAAUAACUCCUAUGUUGGGCGAGAGGUUAUCUUAGACUUGAUCCAGUAUGAAAAUAUCAUUGUAAAGAGAGCAUUGAAUUUUGAUAAGCCUUUUCUCGAGAAACUUGGUAUUACCUCAGUCCCUUCAUGCUAUCUGGUGUAUCCAAAUGGGUCCCAUGGAUUAAUUAACAUUUUGAAGCCUCUACGGUCUUUCUUUUCUUCAUAUUUAAAGUCACUGCCAGGUGUAAGAAAAAAACUUCUUUUGCCACUUCAGCUACCUGUUCAAGAAAACAAAGAGAAGAGUACAGAAAUCAAAGUGUGGAAAGAGUUUGAUAAAUCUAAGCUGUACAUGGCUGACCUUGAAUCGGGAUUGCAUUACCUGCUCAGGGUAGAGCUUGCUACGCACAAGACGCUUGAGGGAGCUGAGCUAAAGACCUUCAAGGAUUUUGUUACUGUCUCUGCCAAGCUUUUUCCUGGCCGUCAGCCUGUGGUAAAGUUGUUAGAGACCUUGCAAGAGUGGCUGGUGAGCCUUCCAUUAGACAAAAUCCCUUAUGAUGCUAUCCUAGAUCUGGUCAACAACAAAAUGCGGAUUUCUGGGAUAUUUCUCACUAAGAAAGUUCAGUGGGUCGGAUGUCAGGGCAGCAGACCAGAGCUGAGAGGUUAUACCUGUUCCCUUUGGAAGCUGUUCCAUACUCUAACUGUUCAAGCUGCACUGCGACCAAAAGCUUUGCUAAAUACAGGUCUUGAAGACAAUCCCCAAGUAGUACUUCAGAUCACGCGGAGAUACAUUCACCACUUUUUUGGAUGCAAGGCUUGUGCUCAGCAUUUUGAAGAAAUGGCUAAAGAGUCCAUGGAUUCCGUUAAAACCUUAGACAAAGCUGUUCUCUGGCUCUGGGAGAAACACAACGUGGUGAAUAACAGGCUGGCAGGUGAUUUGACUGAAGAUCCAAAAUUUCCCAAAGUUCAGUGGCCAACUCCAGACAUUUGUCCUGCUUGUCAUGAAGAAAUUAAAGGAUUACACAGCUGGAAUGAAGCCCAAGUUCUACAGUUCAUGAAGUAUCACUAUAACAGUGAAAAUAUUGUAUAUAAAUAUGCUGAAAGCCAGACUGACUCCAGUGAAACUGAACAGGGAGAUACAAGGGAGCUGAAAGACAAAAGCCUACUGAAGAAACCAAGUGGAAACAGAGAAAAUAAGAUCCAGGAUAAAGAAAACGUACUAGAUUCGGAAUCUAAGGUGUUAGAUAAGCUAAUAGCAAAUCAUGGACCUGUCAAAGAUAGCGGUAAAAGCGCAGUUGAGUCGGCUAACCUUAAAGAGACGAAGCAGGCUGUGUCUUUCUUAGGGAUUGGAUUUUCAAACUUAGACAUGAGUCUAUGUGUCAUACUGUAUGUAGCAUCAUCCUUAUUUUUAAUGAUAAUGUACUUUUUUUUCCGAAUGAGAUCUAAACGGUGGAAAGUGAAGUAUUAUCGUUCAUCUGUAUAG